AUGCCGGAGCACGGAAACGAGAGCACGCGUGAGCGAGACGAGCGCAUAGAACGUCUCUGGGAGCUGCUGGAUACUCGGAAGGAAGGACAGAUUGAUCUCAGGGGGUUCAAAAAGGGGUUGAAGCAGAUCGAUCACCCCCUGAAAAAUGCCGAUGACCUGCUGCAUGAUAUUCUCAAGGCGAUAGAUACAAGUCAGGAUGGCCGGAUACAGUAUUCUGAAUUCCGCUCGUUCGUACAACAGGCCGAGCAACAGCUGUGGCAGCUCUUCCAAGCUAUUGACCACGACCGUAACGGCCAUCUCGACAAGACGGAGCUGAAAGAUGCCUUUUCACGCGCGGGUAUGUCCGUGCCGAACUCGAAGCUAGAUCAGUUCUUCGAGGAUGUCGAUACAAAUCGCGAUGGGGUCAUCAGCUUCGACGAGUGGAGAGACUUCCUCCUCUUCCUCCCAGACACACAUAACCUCCGCUCAGUCAUAUCCUACUACUCUGCAACCGGCACACUCAACCCCGAAGGCGACGUGCACAUCAACAAGACACUACAGGGAUCAGGUACAGCUCCUCACCUUUCUCCUACUACACCUUGCACCGCAGAACCAGUCCCAGUCAUCAGUCCUCCUCAUGCACGUCCUGCUCCUGUUCCGCCCCCUCCUCCUCCUCUCGACCCAGACCAACACCAAUAUUAUAUGUUUGCGCCUCCUUAUAACGACCACCACGAAAUAGAUCAGGGACUGGAAGUAGAAUUCCUUAUCGUCCCUUCCCUCGUCAGAAUAUGGCUGUCAUACCGCUACCUAGAAGAAGUAUUGACCGAAUCCACACCCCAUGUAGGCUACUUUCUUGCCGGCGGGAUGGCCGGUGUUGUCUCCCGAACCGCCACCGCGCCUUUCGAUCGGUUGAAGGUCUACCUCAUCGCACAGACGAAUACGAGUAGCGCGAAGAGUGCGGCUGUCAACGCGGUCAAGGCUGGUGCGCCGGUCAAGGCAGUGGGGUGGAUGUCGUGGCCUAUCGUUGAGGCCACCAAGGAGCUAUGGCGUGCGGGGGGGAUUAGGAGUUUGUUUGCCGGGAACGGCCUGAAUGUCGUCAAGGUCAUGCCAGAGUCUGCUAUCAAGUUCGGUGCAUACGAGGCUUCAAAACGCUUCUUUGCCAACCUUGAGGGCCACGAUGAUACCAAGAACCUGCUUCCCAUCUCCCAAUUCCUAUCCGGCGGCAUUGGCGGAAUGAUUUCCCAAUGCUGCGUCUACCCUCUCGAUACCCUAAAAUUCCGUAUGCAAUGCGAAACCGUCCAGGGUGGCCUACACGGCAACCAACUAAUAUACUCCACCGCAUCCAAAAUGUGGCAAACAAACGGCCUAACAGGCUACUUCCGUGGUCUCCCCCUCGGCCUCCUUGGGAUGUUCCCCUUUGCCGCCAUCGACCUAAUGACAUUCGAAUACCUAAAGUCAACCCUUGUAGCCCGCAAUGCCCGCCUAGCUCACUGCCACGAAUCAGACGUACAGCUAAACAACUUCUCAACAGGAGCUAUUGGCGCAUUCAGUGGCGCCCUGAGUGCUUCCAUCGUUUAUCCACUGAAUGUUCUGCGUACUCGAUUACAGGCGCAAGGCACAGUACUUCAUAAGGCUACAUAUACCGGCAUCGUGGACGUCACUGUGCGCACAGUGCGAAGCGAAGGUGUCUACGGCUUGUUUAGAGGGUUAACGCCCAACUUACUAAAAGUCGUACCCUCAGUGUCGAUAAGUUAUAUUGUCUACGAGAAUUCGAAGCGCUUAUUUGGCUUGUCGUGA